AUGGAGGAUGAAGAAACAACGCUGGCUUUGAUCAAGUACUACUGCUACGAGAAAUACUUCAACCACGCUGUAAACGCAGCAGCAGCUGCUCAGAGGAAGUUUGGCAGUGAUCACGUCUGCAGUUUCUUCCAUGCUUAUGGGUCCCUGAUGCAAGAUCAGAUUCAAGAAGCCUGUGUGGAGUUGGACACAUUGAGAGAUAGUAGGGAUGUAUCUCUCUGCACAUUGAUGGCUCUUGUCUAUGCUGAGAAAAAGAAGACACACUCAGACAGAGAAGUCAUUCAAGAACUUGAUGCUAAGGUCAAAGAGGAUCGUAAAAGUGCAUCUCCCAAGAGUCUUUACUAUGCUGGGCUGUUUCUUUGGCUGUUGGGGCGGAAUGAAAAGGCAAGGGAGUACACAGAGAGGAUGAUCAAACUCUCCAAUGGCUCUAGAGAGGGGACAAUCCUAAAGGCCUGGAUAGAUGUGACAUCUGGUAAAGACGCCUACGCCAGGAAGGCUGGAAAAUACUUUGAUGAGGGACUGAAGGAGAAAGCAGACGUCUUUGCCCUGAUGGGAAAGGCACAAUACUAUGAAUAUCGCCAGAACUACUCCGGAGCACUGGAGAUGGUAAACCAGGUCAUCGUGAGUUUCCCUGAGUUUGUGCCUGCUCUUAUCAAGAAGAUGAAACUGUCGCUCAGCCUGCAAGACUGGGAGCAAACCAUGGAGGCAGCACACAGGCUUUUACAGAAGGAUAAAAAUAACCUGGAGGCAGUUCGGAUGUUAGCUCUACAUUCUUUAUGCAGAGAUGGAGAUGUUACUGAGUCAGUGAAGCAGCUUUCAAAUCUCAACAGCAACUUGGAUUUUCUGGAACCGCACAACCCUGAGCUUUUCUACAGAAUGUCUCUCGCCUUCACUCGUGUUUGUGGACGGAAUGAGAAAGUGAUUGAGCAGACGUUCAGGAUGGUGGAGAGAGCCUUCUCUGUGGCAUCAAGGGACUCCGAUUUAGCCACGGAGUUGGGCUACCAGAUGGUCCUUCAGGGCAGAAUCAAGGAGGCCAUGAAGUGGUACAAGACCGCCAUGACCUUGGAUGAGACCAGCGUUUCUGCUUUGACCGGCAUAAUUCGUUGCCAGCUGAUAGAAGGCCACCUCGAGGAUGCAGAACAACAGUUGGAAUUUCUCACAGAGAUUCAACAAUCUAUUGGAAAAUCAGGGGAGCUACUGUACCUGCGUGCUUUACUGGCGGCGAAGAAGCACCGACCACAGGAAGAGAUUACCAACCUGCUGAACGAUGCAGUGGACACACACUUCUCCACACUGCAGGGCCUGCCUCUGGGAACGGAGUACUUGGAGAAGGUCAACCCCGACUUUCUUUUGGAGAUUGUCAAAGAGUAUCUGGCACUUUGUCCUGCUAAGCCUUUAUCCCAGGGCCAAACUCCUGCUCCUCAACUCCAGCACUGUGCCACAUUGUUGGAUACGGUUGUCAAGAUUGUGCCAGGUCUCCUUCAAGGGGUCUUCCUGCUCGCCAAAGUCAGAUUUCAGUCUGGUGACACUGACGCUGCCCAGAGCAGUCUACAUCACUGCUUGGAACAGUGUCCAUCUCAUGCAGAUUCUCAUCUACUAAUGGCACAGAUCCAUCUGCUGCAGGGUAACUUCACGUUGUGUUCCCAGUCUCUUGAACUCUGCCUCAGCCAUAACUUUGAGAUUCGAGAACAUCCUUUGUACCACCUGAUCAAGGCUCAGAGUCAGAAGAAAAUGGGGGAACUGACAGAGGCUAUUCAGACAUUGCAGAUGGCCAUGGGUCUUCCAGGUGUCCGCAGAGCGGGAUCAUCAUCCAAGUCCAAGAGUAAGAAGAUUGAGCUGAGCCCUGCUGACUGUGUCUCUGUCUUCUUGGAGUUAGCUGAGGCCCUGUGGCUCAACGGGAAACAGCAUGAAGCAGCAAAGGUGAUGCAAGAUGCGAUCAAUGAGUUCUCGGGGACUCCUGAGGAGUUACGUGUCACCAUUGCCAACGCGGACCUGGCCCUCCUCCGCGGUGACACCGAGCUGGCGCUGAGUAUGCUGAGAAACAUAACCCCUGAGCAGCCCUACUACAUCCAAGCCAAGGAGAAAAUGGCAGACAUAUAUCUGAACCACAGAAAAGAGAAACGUCUGUACGCAAGCUGUUACAGAGAGAUGGUGGAGAAGAUGCCCAGCCCUCACACAUAUCUCUUGCUAGGGGAUGCCUACAUGAACAUUCAAGAACCAGAGAAAGCCAUCAGUGUUUAUGAGCAGGCUUUGAAGAAAAACCCCAAAGAUGGGGCUUUAGCCAGCAAGAUUGGAAAAGCCCUGGUCAAGACUCAUAACUACGUCAAGGCAAUAAACUACUACGAAGCUGCUUUGAAAACUGAGCAACAGAACUUCCUGCGCUAUGACCUGGCAGAGCUGCUGAUGAAGAUGAAGCAGUAUGAGCGCUGUGAGAGAGUCCUGCAUGAGGCUCUGGCCCAUGAACCAGGGAAUGAACUAACAGUUCUCUCAGAUGAUUGUCGUUAUCUGGUCCUGUUGGCAAAGAUCCAAAAUAAGGUCGACAAAAAUGAGGAAGCUUUACUUUCUCUGCAAAGAGCCCGGGAUGUGCAGGCCAAGGUGCUGAAGCGGGUGCAGUUGGAGCAGCCUGACGCCGUCCCCAUACAGAAACAGCUUGCAGCGGAGAUCUGCGCUGAGAUCGCUAAACACUACACAAGUCUCAGGGGCUAUGAGAGAGCAGUCAAAUUCUACAAAGAAGCUCUUGUGUAUUGUGAGACCGAUCGCAAGGUGAUGAUGGAGUUGGCUCGGUUGUGCCUCACUCUGGAUGAGGUUGACGCGUGCCAGGAGCAGUGCAGCGUCAUUCUGAAGAAUGACCAGUUUAAUGAGGACGCAACUCUGAUGAUGGCUGACAUUUUGUUUAGGAAGCAGGACUAUGAACAGGCAGUUUUCCACUUUCAACAGCUCCUGGAGCGCAAACCAGACAACUACCAAACUCUGUCACGACUUAUUGACUUGUUGAGGAGGGCCGGGAAGCUGGAAGAAGUGCCCAGAUUUCUUGAUAUGGCAGAAAAAGAUUCUUCCAGGACUAAGUUUGACCCUGGGUUUAAUUACUGCAAAGGACUUUAUCUGUGGUACACAGGAGAACCCAAUGAUGCCCUGCGACACUUCAACAAAGCACGGAAAGACAACGACUGGGGUCAAAACGCUGUGUAUAACAUGAUUGAAAUUUACCUAAACCCUGACAAUGACACCAUGGGAGGAGAAGUGUUUGAGAAUCUUGAUGGUGAAAUUGGGAACUCAACAGAGAAGCAGGAGUCAGAGCAGCUCGCUGUGAGAACGGCUGAGAAACUGCUGAAGGAGUUAAAGCCUCAGACGCCGGGCGGACACAUUCACCUCCGCAUCCUGGAGAACUACUGCUCUUUGGCGACCAAACAGAAGGCCAAUGUGGAGAAAGCCUUGGGUGUUUUCACAGAGAUCGCAAACAAUGAGAAAGACAACGUCCCGGCACUGUUGGCCCUGGCGACAGCUUAUAUGAUGCUUAAGCAAACGCCGCGAGCUAGGAACCAGCUUAAACGCGUCGCUAAGAUGAACUGGAGCCUCGUUGACGCCGACGAGUUCGAGAAGAGCUGGCUGCUCCUGGCGGACAUCUACAUCCAUUCAGGGAAGUAUGACAUGGCCGGGGACCUGCUGAAGAGAUGCCUCAAUCACAACAAGUCGUGCUGUAAAGCUUAUGAAUAUCUGGGCUACAUAAUGGAAAAAGAGCAGGCCUUCCGUGAUGCAGCGCUCAACUAUGAACUGGCUUGGAAAUAUGGAAAUCGGACCAACCCGACUAUUGGAUAUAAGCUUGCUUUCAACUACCUUAAAGCAAAGAGGCAUGUGGAUGCCAUAGAUGUUUGUCAUAAGGUCCUGUCCGCUCAUCCAAAUUAUCCGAGGAUGAGAAAGGACAUCCUGGACAAAGCUCGCACUGCCCUAAGAUCGUAGUGUUGGACCUGUGUGUGUGUGUGUGUCUGUGUGAGUCUGUGCUUACAUGACAGAUGGAACCAAAGUUUCUGUAAUAAAAAUGUAUUCAUCUUUGA